UCCUGCCAAAGGACUUCCAUCUGCUCUGUUACUCCGGUUUAAAACCAGUUCAACCUACUGGUGGAUGGGGACUCAGAAAGAAAUGUUUUGGACCUUCCUAGGUUUCUGGGCUUGCCUGCUGUGUGAGCCUGGGCUAACAGCAGCGAUUCCCGUGGAUCCCACAGAAGCAGAUGACUUCACAGAUACUGACUACCUCUCCUGGGGGACGAGCACUGACUAUUUUGACCCCACCGUGCCCACAACCACAGAGGAGACAUUCACGAUACAGAGCACAGUCCCAUUCAUAGCGGAUGGAGGAACGCCUGAAGAAAACCCAGGCGCUAGUAAGGAGGAAAACCCCUCUAGCCCUGCAGAAGAAGAAACACAGGAAUCUGUGUUGGCCUCCAAUGUUGAUUCUCCCACCAAGGCCCCCAACCAAGUAGAAAUCACACCACCAAGAGAAGAGAUGGAGGCAGCCACAGAGGUCCAGGUUAACGAAAAGGAAGGCUUGGCCAAAGGAAAUUCUUCAAACACUUCUUCAGAAAAGGGGACAAUUCAGACCACUCCUACUGCGUCAGAGCAAGCAGCUGCUUCACCUGUUUUGGGUUCUGCGGAAGUACCUUCCACUUUUUCAAAUGAACAGCCAGAAACUGGUGUGACAGAUUCUUCGCUUGCCCCUGCACCUACCGCCUGGGAGAAGACUGAUGACAUUGGUUUGAAUGAUGCACCUUCUUCAGGACAAGAGAAGACCUUGGACUCAACUACUGGAGAAACAAAUGCAGACAGUGAACAGAAACCUACUCUAGGGGAAGAUGCCACAGAUGAUGUCGCAGAACCAGAAGGUGAAACACCACAAAAUUUCCCAGAUGCCAGCAGCGAGACAGUGUCCAUCCCAGGUGCUCCUUCUAGUAACACUGAAGAUCUGCCUGUGGCAGAACCAGGUGUGACUCCUGCCAAUGAUGGACAUCUUGUUCCAUCAGCCUCAGGGGAUGACAUCGAAGGAGAAGAACCAACACCAGCAACUGGGUUGUCCCCUCCGGAUUUGCUACCACCCAGCAACACACCUUCUGAGUCCUCAGAGUUGAGUGAACCUGCCACUGCUUCCAUUCAACCAUCUCCCAGUGGCAAGGACAGCUUGGGUGGCGAACCUGCCAUUGCAGAAGGAAGGGGUGACUCAGAUAGCUCUGUGUCAGACACAGUGCCUGACCAUGAUGCAGAGCCAACCAUCACACCUUCCUUGGAAGACCCAGACCUGAGCCCAGAAAGCUCAGCUGAUGGAAUCCCUGCAGAAUCAGAAGACUUUGUGGGUGCAGAAGUAUCUAAUACCCCUCCAGCAGAUGAUACAACAAACUUUCUACCUGGCAUAGCCUCUUCCAGUGGGGCACCAUCAAGACCUUCAGAUCUGGGUUCUGAUGCAACAGUAGGUUCUCCACUUGGGCUUCCCAUGCCUCCGGUUUAUUCUUCUCUGUUGCCAGAAGAUGAUGAGAUACAAACAGUUUCUGUAACUAAAGAAGAAUCAGAGGAAGGCUCUGGAACUGCCAGCAGUAAUGAAACACCUUUCACGCUGGCAUCUCCAGAGCAAGAAAAGGAAACAGAGGUACCAGAGGGAGCCUUUUCAGCAACAGAGUCAUCAAAGGGAAAUGUUUCUGCAGACAUGGAAAGUGGAACAGCCUCCCCCUUGAAGCCUGGGGAAAAACUGGCAGAAAAUGGACAACCUGGUGCUGCUAUCCAGAGCGAAAUGAUUCAUUCAUCUUCAGAGAGGACACCUCUCAAUUCUGCUGGAGAAGCAGGAGGGGAACCAGAAGGCUUGUUUGACAUGGAUGAAACUUCUCCUUCUUCUUUGGAGAAUGAAACAGAAGCUAAGGAUCAAGGAAUGGCUGGAGAAACAGCCUUCCCCCCAUCUCAGAGCGGCACAUCUACUGAAAGGCAAGAAGGAGACUCUCUCAGUUCAGCACCUGGUUCUCUUUCUGAAGGCAACAUGAUGGUUCCAGAACUAGGUGUUGCUUCUGGAUCAGUCACAAGUGAGGAAGGGGAGAGCAGAACAGAUUUCCCACCAUCUGACACUGAGCUGGCCCCAGCUGAUGGGACACAGCUGCCCAUAAGAGGCUCAGAGCUCUUGAUGAAUGGAGAAUCUUCAAGUCCAUCACCUUUAGAGAUGACUGUGGUUCCAGAGUCUGAUACAGCAGAAGCGCCAUCAAAUAGCUUACCUGGGUCUCUGGGUUCUUCCCAAUCAGAUGAUAACAUGCAAGCAGACGAAGAAGCCACUGAAGGGUCUAAGGAACCAGAAGACACCAAUGCCAAUGCCAUGCCCACCACAGACACUGGAUCAGCUACUGAGGGAGCAAAGUUUCCUGGCAGCAAUGAAGAAGACUUGCCCUCUGGAGGUGAGAUUGCUGGGGCUGCUUCAGAGUCAGAAAUUAAUAAUGGAACUAUUUCAGAGAAUAACAACAACCUUGAUGAAAUCAAUACUCUGCCUUCAGAGCCAGGAACAGAUGCAGAAGAGGGAAUGGUGGUUAAUACAGGAAGCGUUGCAGAGAUAACGGAUGAUGGUUCUGGAGACUUUUCUCCUUUUCCUGCAGGCAGUGGGACCUCAACAAAAGCUGGAGAACUAUCAGAGGAAAGAUCUUCUUCUACACUUCUUGAUGCUACAUCUUCUGAGACUUUCACUUCAGAGGCUGAAGAAGGAAAAGACUUCACAAGUCCACCUUUUGGAGACUUUAGUUCUUCUCCUUCAGGAACUGAAGCUCCAGGAGGCACCAAGGAUGGAGAUGGCAGCACAGGACUGCUUACAAAUGAAGAAUCUAUGACAACUAGUGGUGAGAUCCAGACUGGUACUGACAUCUCAGAUGCAGAACCCGGAUCAUCUGAAGGAGCAAAGCUGCCUCUGGGACAAUCAGGAAGCUUGCCUGGUGGAGAAAUUUCAGGACAGCCUCUUUUGGAGGAGGGAGAGACAUCUAUAACUGCCACAUCCUCAGGAGAAGAAUUUCCUUCUACUUCAGCUUCUUCUGCAACAGAUGGAGAGACAUCUGCAAUAAGUGUGUCUGCAGAAGACUCUCCUUCUGGUUCUGGCAAAAAUUCCUCUCCUUUUCUUGUUUCAAAGUCAUCAGGAGUUCAACCCAGUGGGCCCUCUGAAACUCCAGAUUCCUACCAACCAUCUUCAGAUGAUGCACUGAAAUCAGAGUCUGCAAUUGAGUCUUCAGCAGGGUCUGAAAGAGAGAGCCAAGAGCUGGGAGAUACUUCCAGUGUGGCUGAAAAGGGGGCAUCUUUGGAUCCAUCAGGUAUAGAGUCACUAGCAGUUUCGCCCUCCACUGAAAGACUGGGAAGUGUUGGCUCAAGUUUGGAAGAUGGUGAAGAACCUCAACUAUCUCCAGAUGAUACAGCUUCUGAUGGGGCAGAACAAUCAGAAGGGGAGGGGAAAAUGUCUAUGGCUCCAUCAGCCACUAUGUCACAACCAGCCUCUGAUGGAGUAGAAGCAAAUGGUUUAGAAGUGGCAGGGAAUGAGGGAUCUCAAUUGUCUCCAGAUAGCACACCGAAAAUGGGAUCUGAGUCAAUUUCUGGGGCAGAAAAAGAGCCUGAAGAUAUUUCUGUUGUAAGUGGAAUGAAAUCAUCUUCUGCUGAAGGAGUGGAAACUUCCUUCUCAGGAGCAGCAAUGGGAUCUCAGCCAUUCACAGAUGGUUCCACCAAGGUUGGCACUGUGGCAGAUCUUGGAGCUUUUGAUGAGAUGGAAAAAUGGGAAGGCUCUUCCCCUGUAAAUGAGGAGAAAACACCACCAGGCUCAUCCUCCACAGAGUCACUUGGAACAUCUGAAUAUGAAGAUGUUUCUGGGGGACUUGGGAAAGAAAGGCCUUUCCUCUCUGCUGAAGGAAUAGAAGCUGCUACCUCAGAAUCAGAAGCUAGCAAAGGAUCUCAGCCAUCUCUUAAUGGUGCAACAGCGGGGGCUGGAGAUUCUGAUGGAAUAAAAAUACCAGAAGGCUCCUUCAGCAUGAGUGGGGAGGAAGCAUCUUUGGCUCCAUUAGCUAUAGAAUCACACUCAGCUGCUCCGUCUGCAGAAGGAGUGGAAACUGCCAGUGCAGGGUCGGCAAAUGAGGGAGGAUCUCAACCAUCUCUAGAUGGUGGAGAGGCAGAUCAUCCUGGCAUGUCUUCCAGUGUGAGUGCAGAAGGGGCAUCUUCGGCUCCAUCAGCCACAGAGGCACAACCAGGAUUUUCCUUCUCUGGUGGAUUCAACAAUGAUGGCUUAUCAACAUCUGGCUCACCAACAUCACCUGGAGAAGGAUCUCAGAUGCCUCCAGAUUAUGCAUCUGGAGCAGGAUCUGAAGCAGGAGAAGAGUCGGGAAAUGUUUCAGAUAUGAGUGGGAAGAAAUCAUCAUUGACUCUUUCCAAUGAAGGAGAGGAAAUGUCUGUUUCAGGACUAGGAAGUGAUGUUGGAUCUCAGCCAUCUCCAGAUGAUGCUGAAGCAGCAGCAGCAGGACCAAGAGUUUCUGAGGAAGCAAAACAAGGAGGAAGCUCUUCUGCUGCAGUGGAGGAAGAAGCACCUUUAGGUACAUCUGCCAUAGGGUCAAAGUCACCUGGAGCAUUUCCAGGUGAAGGGCCAGCCAAUAAUGCGGCUUCUCAGACAUAUGGUGCAGCUUCAGCAGGAGCUGUAGCUUCUGAGAAGGAGGAAGAAUCUGAAGAUAGUUCCACCACAAAUGGGAAGAAACUACCUUUGUCUUCAUCAGACACAGAAUCAAAGUCACCUGGGACAUCUGCUAGUGAAGAGAUCUCUCGAGGACUUGGUGAGGAAGAAUCUUCCCUUCCCUCUGCUGGCUUGGAUUCAACAGGUACCCAAACCACUUCUUCCUCUGAGACAGGCCUAAGUCCAGAAAAUAUAGCGGAGCAGCUGGGAGAAAAAUCUGGGCCAAUGAACACUGGAGAACCUUCCACUCAGUCCUCUCCUGCUGACGAUGGGUCAGUGGUGGCAGUAAUCAAUAAAGGUUCAGGAGAAACCUUGCUUUCUGGUUCCAUCUCUCCUGAUGGGACUGUUAACCUCCAAGGAACACCAGGCCAGGCCUCUGGCAUUACAGAUUCAUCUCUGCCGCCCUCAGAGUUUGGGGGUGUGGGUGGCAACUUUGCAAGCCCAGGAAGUGCAGAAAAUUCUGUGUUGACCAUGAGUGGGCAACCUGCUCUUUCUUACAGUAAUACCCUGGGUGAUGCAGGUUCUACAUCUCCCAUGGCAAAAGAAGAUGCAGAGGAUCUUGCUGGGAUCUUGGGAAGUGGCACAGUGACCUCCAAUAGCAUUGGAGCUUCUCUUCAGUCAUCUGGAUCUGGAGGCACAAAGGUGGCCAUAGAUCAACAAUCAGGACUGCCAUUGUCUCCUUCAACCUCCUCCUCCUCCAGUGAAAAUCAGCCAUUUGGAUUCUACGAAUCAGGUAUUGAAAGCCCAGGAAAUGCACCUGGGGAAGCAUCUUCUCAGAGUCAAGCAGUGGAAGCCAAAGAAACAGGCAAAGUGGACUCUUUCCCCAGUGGAGCCUCACCCAAUGGGCUUGCAAGCUCUCCCAAUGAAGCAUCUGUGGGGGACAUGAAAGGUUUAUCCCCCACAACUUCAGAAGGGAGAGGGGAUACUGACAGCUCUGUUUUGACAGCCGACAAGGGGACAUCCACACUAUCUGGUGAAGCUCAUCCCUCUCUCUCUGGCACCUCAUUGUGUCCAGCAACAACACCACAAUUGCCUGCUGUGGAAUCAGGGUCUGAGGUCAAUGCAGGAGUAUCUCCUCAGUCUUCCAAGGCUGAAGUCACUGAAAAUGUUGGACACACACUUUCUGGAAAGCCAUCCGCCUCUGUCCUUGUAUCUUCCAGCAGCACUGCUUCAGGUUCUGAGGCCACAAAGUCAGGAUCUAUGACCAGCACCAGCAUCUCAUCACUGCCUGAUUCCUCUGUUCAGAGUGAGGCAGGCGCAACAGUCGGCAAAGACACAUCUGGUGGUGCCAAAGCAUCUUCCACAUCUGGUAAACCAGAUGCCUCGCUUGCAGCCUCAGGAGUUGGCCUAGAGGCGGUGAAACCCUCACAGACUGCCAGCAAAACAUCUGAUGAGGAGGAAGACGUCAAGAUAUCAGACAAGAAAGAAGAUAGCAAAAAGUCAGAAAAGAAAGAAGACAGCAAAAAAUCAGGCAAGAAAGAUGAUAGCAAAAAAUCAGACAAGAAAGAAGACAGCGACAAAGAAGACAGCAAGAAGGAGUCCAAGACUCCAAGCACUAUACCACCAUGCUGUGUGCACGGGCUCUGGAUCUAUAAACUGGACAGCCGUGUUCGCCUGAACUAUAGGCAGAGAUGCCUGGACUGGCUGAGCAAUGAAAGACAGCCGGCUGUUUGGAACAAGGACCUGCCAUCCUGCCCUUGCUCUCUGCAACAGGGACUGUCGGAUUAUCGCUUCAUCCGCAGCAGAAGAGGUUUGCUGGACUCCAGCUUCACUAUGCUAUAUACCUCUCUCCCAAACAAGUAUGGCGCUGGGGUCCGGUGUCUCUACAAGAACCCCAAAGGCCAGCUUGUGGACGGUCAUCAGGAAAGAAUCUGGAAAGGCUCUAGGAGAAACUUUCCCUUCAAUGAUGAAGAGUUGAAACUCUACAAUUGGUGUUGCUACCAAGCUGGAAAACAACAGUUCUGCGAUAAGUACCACCAGAAGAGACCCAAGAUUGGCUGUGAUGGAUACAGCCUUCCAGUCCGGGCAACAUCAUCGGAAGAGAAGCUGAAUAGCAACGAAAGAGACUGAGAGAUAUCUGCUCCUUCUCCAGGUCUCAUUUUUAACAGAACAGCCUUGGUGAGCCUCGUUCCUAAGAAACCUUUUUGCUCCUCUGUUUUAUGUAGGGGCUGAACUAGAAAGUUAUUGUCUUCCAGGCUGGAAUAAUUGAGUUUGCUGAAUAAAAUAUCU